CAGGGAUUGUCAGGUUUUUCCAAAAGCCAGCGAUAAGUGCUUAUUUUCUUCCGCAGAAGCUAUGUUAGCACUCUCCAGAGAGGCCCGUCGCGGAAGAGAGAUCCAGGUCCUCCAAGAGGCGGGUGAGAUUCCAUGAGAACAGGCAUCUUCCUUUGGGUGACAAUGAGCACAGAAGACCUUAGCACUUGACCCUGGCCAUCGCAGGUCCUCCGAUCUCCUGAGGAAAAGAAGGAAGUCUCACACAACUGCUGACAGUCUCCUUGUUGCAGCAUCUCUCCUCUGGGGCUCGAGGAAGAGAGCUCUGGAGAGAUGGAGCAUGGAGACACUGCUGUGCAGUCCCACCAUGGCGAGCCCUGUAGCUUUGAAUUGCUAGAUCAACAACCGUUCCUAGGAUUACAGUUCCGGAGCACAGAGAGGAUCCGUACACUGCUAAGGAAGGUGUCAAGACUGAAGAUCAUUCCCGAACGGUUGUUGUCUGAGGUGAACCGAUGCAUCUCAAGUGCGGAUGGAGAUCCGAUCCCAUUUUCAGUUCUCAGAGAUGCUUGCACGCUGUUGAAGGAAAGGGAAAGGGGGCGAUGUCAUCAGGGCUCAGCAACCACGAACAAUGGGUUCUUCGUUCAUGAAGUCUUGGCUGGGAGUGGGUUGGCUCUACCAAUCCCGAAGCCGAGGAACAAGAGUGCAGAGCUUCGGCAGCGACUUGCUCGUCUUCAAGAGGCAGCAGAUGCGCGCUCCUACGAGGAGCUUGUCAAGGAUGUCACAAAGAAUGAAAGGGCUCAGAAGGAGAAGGAGUUUUUCUCAUCCUACAAGGACCAGCUUGGAUUCGGUCUGCAUGUGAUUGUGACAAUGUUCACUGGCUACGCGUUUGGGCACAUGCUCUUCAGGUCUCAGUUUCACAAUGACCCAGCGAUGAAUGCUGCAGGUGGAACGCUUGGGUUGAUUGCAGGCAUGCUCAUUGAGACCCUUUUGUUCAUAAUCCAGGCAUCCAGGAUCAGCUGAUGAUCAUUAUGAUCAUGGUGAUGUUGCUUAAGAUGUUGGUUAAGUAAUCAUGUCUCUCUCUCUCUCUCUCUCUCUCUCUCUCUCUCUCUCUCUCUCUCUCUCUCUCUC